AUGUUUCUGUGCUUUUCAUUGUACUUUUCCACAAAACAUCCUGCUCCCAUCAGUACCUCAGGAAGUUCGUGCACAUCAGGCUUGGAGGAUGUUGAAAAAGGCUUUGGUGAGGAGGAAAUUGAAUAUUGGAGGAGAAAGAUGCAAGAGAAAACUGCGGAGGUUGAUCGGCUCGGCCAUGAGCAAAAACGUUUGAAAGCCUUGCUCUUGCGCUCUGGAAGCACCGAUGUGGCGGAGUACCUCUCCACAAGGGGUUGCGGUAUGCUCGAUGAGACCAUCGGUUGGUUUGCAACCUCGCUCUUCAAGUCCGCCUUCAUCCGCCGUGCCUUUUGCCUGCAUUUAUUUGUACUUUAUACUUGGAUAAUUUUCCUUUUAUGGUGGAUAUCCACUAGAACGCAUGCUUAA